ACAUACUUGCGACAGGAUUUCUACACCGUUGAUCUAAUCUAUUGGUGUUUAUUUAUUCGAAUUAAAUUAUUUAAUUUUUACAAUUUUUAAAUGAUUAGUUGGUCCUAUUACUUUUUUAUGCGUACCCUUUAACCCCUAAACAAACUUUUCAACAUAUUUUCGAAUUAUAGUACCAAAUUUUAUUCUAAUCAUGUCUCCAAUCCAUUAAGUUAUAUUUACUUUCAAUUUUAGUUUGGUGAUUUAUUCCUUUUCCCACUCAUGUCAACGCUCAAACCCCCUUUCCAAUUGCUGUCUGUAGUGGCUGAUGAACCCUCUCCUCUCAUCCUGGCUAUCAAUUGAAGCAAUUGGACUUUGCGCUUCCCAUCGAUGUUUAAUCCCUCUAUGGAUUAAGAGAGUGACCUGUUCGAGGCAUGAUGGAUUGAAUCUUGUGCUCGAGAUGCGGAUGAGGAAGGGAUGAUCGGAGAAGUGAAAAGUGCAGACUCGAGAGGUAGGGGGAAGUGUGGAUCGCCGAUUGCAGUGGGGAAGUACGCUGCCGUUGAUGGCCAACGGGAAGUGUGAAUACCAACAACAACAGCCAGGGCGAACGAACGAGACUGAUGGCAUAAACUUUGAUAGGUAUGAAUAAUGGGGCUUACUUGAAAUUGCAGAUGUAGAAGUUGUACUAGGUCAAAUUUGUCUUUUAAAUUUUCUAUGGAUGUUAAUGGGAUGUCUGAUUUCAUUGAUAGAAAUAACACAUUAAGAUUCACUGUCUCCCUUUCCCCAUGUGCAUAUUGCAGAAGUUUCUAAACCCUUCAUUAUUGACUGGGUGAUUUCUCAGCAUGAUCACAUUUUGGGAUGGAUUGGUCGUGCUUUUGACCUUGUGGUGGAUGAUUUCUAGUGCAAGCCUCAAUCAGAUUCACCUUGAUCACUUAAAGCUUUACUAUGCAAUUCUUAAACGCACUAAAUUAAAUAUGAACAACCACGGUAGGGUAAUUUGUGAAACAUGUGAACUUGAAAAUAGUUGUUGGGGUAUGCAGGACUGGGAACCUUUGUGUUUCCUAUUGUUUGUGCAGGAAUAGGAACCUUUGUCCCUGGAGAAGAGGCAAGCGACAUCAAUAGUUGAGUCAGUUAGGUAUUACACAUCUGCAGGCGCUGCUGUCUAUAAUUUUUCACAGCCUGGAUUCCUAUCAGCAAAAACUGUUUAGUCAGUUAGGUAUUAUGAUACACCUGAUAGAACAGUCAAUUUUCUAUAGUAUGCUACUUGCCCACUAACUGGACAGGAAAAGGAGUUGAACUCUGCCAAUGUUGAUUAGACUACUUUCCCUUUGUUUCUUACAUAGUUUUAAGUCAUAGUUGUGCUGCUCUCAUGUUGCAUUGGCAGUUCCAAAGAAUAAUCUAUACCACCCCAUUCCUCCGUUAACUCGCUAUACAGAAUCUGUUAUGCCAGUGAUCAAGAAAAACUUGUCAGAGUGUACUCUUAUGUAGGGGUGGAAAACAAUCCGGUCCGGUCAAAACCGGACCGGAUUAACCCAGUUUUUUCCAACCGUUUUGACAAAUAGCCCAACCGAAGACGGGAUUGGAUGGGUACCCGGUUUCAACCAUGACCGGACUGGAUGGGAUACAGUCCGGUCCGGUUUCAACCAAAAACCGGAUAAAACUGCUACCUCCACCAAAACGCAACCGUUUGUAUGAAAUUUGGAGAAAAUGAAAAAUAAAAAACCCUAUCCCACCUCUCACCAAUCACCCAUACAGAUCCACUUCUCAACCUUCUCGAUUCUUCUUCUCCAUCUGCCUCCUCGCAUCCACUUCUCAACCUUCCCAAUUCAUUCACUCCUACAUGUCGCCGCCAGGGGUGCCACCAUCGACAGGGACAGGGGCGCUGCCAUCGACAUCACCAUCUCGCCGCCGUUGAUUCUAUCUUCCCCUUACAUGUCGGGAGUGGCAGGGAAAGAUGGUCAGCGGCGUCGCCAUCACCGUCUCGCCAUCGCCUAUCUCCCACCACAGAUUCUUCUUUUUCCUCCCCCAUGCAUGUCGGAUUCUUCUUUUUCCUCCCCCUUGCAUGUCGGGAGUAGCGGGGUAAAGAUGAUCGCCGACGUCGCCAUCGCCAUCGCCAUGGUCGUCGCCGUCGCCAUCGCCAUGGCCAUCGUCGUCUCGGAGAUCGGAGAGGAGAGAACGAGGAAGAAGUGGAAGCGGCAGAAUGAGGGUUUGGGAAUCAUUCUUCUUAGGGUUGGGGGGAUUUGGGCUAGGGAAGUUGGGGGACUUGAGCUGGGGUUAUGGGCUUUGGAGAUAUUGGGCCCUUGUCCGGUUUCCGGUUAAAACCGGGUAAAACUGGACCGGGACCGGGGCAGUUUUUUUCCCUUAGGCUGUGACCAAAGACGGGAUUGGGUAAAUGUAUAUCCGGUUUCCGGUCAUAACCGGCAUGGUUUAAACUGGCCGGUUUUCGGUUUGACCGGAAAACCGGGACCGGAUUCCCAGCCCUACUCUUAUGGAUGACAACUUGGGCUUCAACUUGAAUGGAUUGACAACUCCAAAGCUCUGUGUGAGGUUAAACACUCUCCAAGUAAGUCCUUCAUAUGCACAUGCUGUAUUUUACAAAUGUAUAAUAAUGUUUUGUGGUGAAACAUCAUUCUUUGUGCAUAGGUUAGAAUGAUAGUGAUAAUUCGUCGUCUUACGAGGCUCAGAGCAUGGUUGACUUUUGUGAAAGAUUGGUUUUUUAAUGAAUUUUUAACAACUGGAACCGUUGAUGUGAAGAACUCACUCCUUGGAGAAGGCUUGAUAUCUCUAUAAUGAACUAUUACUGAAAGAACUGUCUUCUGCUUGUCAAGAUUUAAAGAGAUAUUAGAAUACAUCAUUCAUCUAAUAAAACAUUUUCUUUACAGUUUGUACUUCACCACCUACACAACUCUGAAUAAUGUGAUGGCUUAAGUUUUUGCUAGCUUUCAAUCAAGUUUUUAUUAUUAUCAAUCUUGUAUGUAUUCUCUCAUUCUGCCUUCUUUUUGUGGAACUGACCUCCCUGGUGUCUUUCUUUUCGAAUGUCACUUGGCAGGUGCCAGAGUAAUCUUUUGGGAUCUCAGAGAGAGAUUCUUGUUUGGUUUUUACAAAUUGGUGAUGUUCGAUCUUUUCGCUUGGAAAGUUUCCUUCCUCAAAUAGAUAAUGUAAGACUGUCAACUGCAGUGGACCCUCCUCUUUGUUUGUCUUGCUUGCUUCUCUUAGCUGAACUUGCACUAUUUUUCAGGUUCUUGAUGAGAUAUGCCGAUUGAUUGAUGAUAAACUCAGAGACUCGGUGGUGUUAAGCGUUUGCCGAACAUCGUUGGUAGGUCUUCAAAUUCUCUUUUGUACUUUGAAUUCGCAAACCUUCCAGAUAGCUUGUAUAUAAUUUGUACACAUUAUCUUGCUACAGGAGGGAUAUGUUUGGGUGUUGCUUAACUGAGGCCCCUCUCGUGCAUUUUGUGAUUCAGAUGUUGUUAUGAUGGAAGAAGACUUCGAUAUCUUGAAGGUCUAUCAUUUCCUCUAUCUCUCUCUGUCUGUCUGUCUCUCUCUCUCUCCAAUGCAUAUGUGUAAUUACGUCUGUGUGCGGUUCAUCAAUAGUGAUGGCCAAUUUUUUUUUGUUCAAGAAAGAAACAGUGCUAGGUUGGCUACUGAUAAAUUCAUUUUCAUUCUUGAGGAGUUCUUUAUAGCCAGUGGAGAUGGCCUCCCUCGUUCGGUGGUGGAGCGAGAAGCAAUAGAGGAAUAUGCUUGUUAAUAGGCUUGUCAUUGGUGGGGAUUUAAUUUGCACUCCUUGUUAAUAGGCUUGCUUUCCUUAGUUGGAUCAGUUUAGGUGUCAAUAGAGUAAUUAUUUUCUUGGACGUAAAUGGUAUUAAUAAAUUAGGUUUAUUUGGCGGUCUAUAUAAAGGGGCUCCAAGCCUUAGAGUUUACCAUGUAAAAAAUAACUGCCGCCGUUCUGACUUUAGCAAAGGUAAGGCUUUUCUUCUCUGUUGGCUAGGAGCUAAACUCAUUGCAAUGGAGAAAUCUCGGUACAGUGCAGCAACUAAUAUAGCUCUUUCUUUUGGUCGUUUGUGUUGUUCCUUCCUAACAACCUUUUUCCUUUCAUGUAUGUAGGGGUGGGCAACGGGAAACGGGUAUUUGGGUAUACCCAUACCCGUCCCGUUUUUUAAGGGUUACGGGUACCCAUAUUACCCGUAAUAUUAUGAACGGAUGGGACUUGGGAUUGUACAUUCCUAAUAUGGGUACCCGUUUUACCCAUUUGCGAACUCUAAUCCAUAGAAAGGGAAUGUCCACUUCGCCACAAAGAUGAAACUUUUCUUAGUAAAGAAACAAAUAACGCUAUGUGAACAUAAUACUUGUAGACUCCCUUUUGUUAAAUGAAACUUCUUAUUUGAUAAUUUGGUGCUUAGAAUGAUUUAUUUCUAUGCGUUGUGAUUGUUCAUGAUUUGUGUUGAAUGAAACUUCUUAUUUGAUAAUUUGGUGCUUAGAAUGAUUUUUUCUAUGCGUUGUGAUUGUUCAUGAUUUGUGUCUUGUGAUUGUUAAGCAAGUACAAAUUAAGUUUAAACUUUUGUUAAAAUUUGAGUGGUUUAAACUUUGGGUAUUUAUGGGUAGUAUGGGUACCCGUUAUCCGUCCCGUACGGGUAAUGGGUACCCGUUUCCCAUAUGGGUUUGGGAUAUGGGAUGGACUUUGGCCUCCAAAUGGGACUGGGUACCUGUUUAAAACGGGACGGGUAUCCCGUCCCGUCCCGUUGCCCACCCCUACAUGUAUGCGCUGUCUUUAUUCGCCCCUUAAGCCGCUUUGAUUUUUGUUUGUUUAUGACUUGAUGCUCCUUUAAUUCCCUAAAAUUAUGUAAGUCCUUAGUUAUUUAUUGUUUAACGUGGGCAAAAUUUGUUUUUUAGCAUGUCGAGCCAUGAUACUAAGGAAGUUGUUGGAUCCAUAUCGACUACCUUUCAAGCCAUGGAGACGACGUUCACUGAGUUGUACGAUAAGAUUAAAUCUUUGACUGCAAUGAUAAUGAAAACUGAUACUCAAUUUCAAGUGCUAAAGAGGAUGUCGAAACGCAUUGUUGAUCAAGCAUAUGAAAGUUCACCUCCCACUGAUGUUCCUGUCACGCCUAGGGUAAAAAGAGUUAUUUGUAUAAAUCAUACCCAUACUCAGAUCACGAUGGCGAUGGUUCACACUAGAGGCAAAAAUAUGCGGCCAUGGAAGAUGUAAAUGAGUCGGUGAAGGUAUAUAAAAUUUAUUUAAACAAUUUGCACUUGUGUGAUUUUAAAAUGUUUACGAUGUACCUAUGUAUUGUAUUUUUUGUUAAAUUCAAAUUGUAGGUGAAAUUUCCAGUGACUUCAUCUGGAAGUUCAGUUCCACUAAUGUUCGUGUCACCCCUAGCGAAAAAGGAGUUAUUUAUUUAGAAUCAGACUCAGACGCAAAUGGCGAUGGUUCACAUAAGAGGCCAAAAAAUGCGGUCGUGGAAUAUAUAAAUGUGUCGAGGAAGGUAUAUAGAAUUUAUUUUAAGAAAUUACACCUGUGUGAUUUUAAAAUUUUUAUGAUGUACCUAUGUAUUGUAAGUUUUGGUAAAUUCAAAUCGUAGGUGGAAUAUCUGGUGACUGCAAUAAUGGCGUUCAUUCUUUCAAUUUUAGAUUUUGGGUUUUGCUUAUUUUAGAUUUUGACUGUUGUAGCUUGUCAAUUAGCUGUUGGUGUUAGGGCUUGGGGGAAAAAGGGACCUUGGUACCUUCCAUCCAAUUUUGAGGUAAGCAACAAUUAUGGAAAGCUCUUUACAGUAAGUUUACUUUUUUCUCUCCCAAAGUUUACUUUUUUCACUACCCAGGAUUCGGUUGUGAAAAUGGGUUGGACUCCAAAAAAGCCGUUGAAAUUUAUAAGAACCUAUAUCUUGGCGGUACCUUUGAAUGCACCAAGGUACGGUGUAAAAAUAUUAGUAAAUUUUCCAGAGUUCCCUAUUCUUUUAAUGUUUUGCCCUUUAGUGUAUAGUCCAUUCAUUCUUUCGUCAUCAUUUACUUGUGAGUUAUAUUUCAGAUAUAUUUGCCAAUGAACGAUGCGAAUCGCCAUUGGUUUCUUAUUGUGGUUUCCAUGGACCGAAAGGAAGUGCAUAUAGUGGACUCUUUGCCUAAUGAUUUGGGUGUGCUGGAAAAUCGUAGGAAAAUGGUGCAAGGAACGGUGAGUGAUCAAACUAUUCCCUUCGUAUAAAUCUAGUAACUCAAUUUUCUUUUUUUAAAAUUUUGUACUGUAAUAGUUACGUGAUUAAGUUUGUUGUUAGAGUUGAAAUUCUUUUACAAGAUGCUUCAAGAAUUUCCAGACAAGCCAUCAACCUAUGAAGUGCCCAAAUUGCAUAUGUUCAAAAUCAUAAGUCCUCCAUACGUUUCUAAGCAAAUUUAUGAGUUAGUAUUUCUUUGAGUAUUUUGAUUAUUUCAUUUCGAUUCGCAAUCUUAUUUUCAAUAAUAAAUGCUAUUUUUCCACGUAGCUAUGAGUGCGGGUUUUACGUUUGUCAGUGGAUGUUGCACGGAGAGGCUGAUAAUAAUUCGUAUAUGGCGGUAUAAUACAAUCCUUUCCUUCUAAAUAUGAUUCCAUCCACGUGAGAUUCUACACUAUCAAAUCGAAAUCAACAUAUUAAGAGUAAUAUUCUAAAUUUGGUGCAGGUUUGUAGUAAUAGAGGUUGACUAUCCUUGGCCAUACGUUUAGUCAAAGACCUCUCAAAUACAAGGCGCUCUGAAAUUAUUGCUGAAGCAAGGGACGUUUAUGAAAGACAUUUCAAGGGGGAAAUCAACUCAAAAUGCCAAAGGAGUUUAUUUCAUUCAUUUUAGAAAAGUAGUUGCUUUUGUUUUAUUGGUAGUCGGUUGGUUUUAUACUUUUAUUUGUAGUCGGUCGGUUUUACUAUCACUUUGAUCUAACUGAAUUCAUUUUAUAUGGUUUUGGUGUUUACCUUUAUUUUUUCUAAAAUACGAAUGCUGGUAUUCGUUUUCUUAUUGUUGCUUGUGAUCACUUCAAUAGUCUAGUCUGGUCUAAGAAGAGAAUUCGUAUUUUGUUAAACAUGUCUAAUUCUAAAUUUUGCGGCUCAAUUCUUAUACAUACGAAUCUUACAUAAUUACACAACUAGUGGUCUUAACGGAUUGAAAAUGAAUGUACUAUCAAACAAUGUAAUAAGCAUUGUCAUAGAACCACCGUUUAUAAGUUUAUAUGAUCAUCAAAUGUCAUGGCAUGAGGACUGGUUUUAGUUAUAAAACCGGGUUACUAAGUUUUUCAAUAUUGCUCGAUUAAGUGAGCUGGACUUGCGCAGAAAACAGAAGCCCAAGUUCAAACUAAGAAGAGGCCCAACUGGGAAGGCUACCAAGUUAGCUUGAUAUGAUAUGGCAGCCUGAAUUUUGCGCCAGGUAAACCUACAACAGACAACAAUGCCUUCCUUCUGAACUUGAUUUCCAACUGAUACAUUGAAUCAAUGCAGCAAAGCACAAAUCCAGAAACUCGAGACAAAUACAUAUAACAAAAGAGAUACAUGUCUAUGUCAAAGAAUGAAAGAUGAAAACAAACAGAGACUAACCAUUGGAAUUCACGAAUAGCCUAAACAAUCCCCGAAUUGGAAUUCAAGGCAUAAAAGGCAAAGGAACAAAGGUUCCCUCACAAAAUCAAGUUCUAACAAGAAUACAACUCCCGUUGCAUAAUGCUUUCUGAACAAGUAAGACCACGAGACAAGCAGGCAAUUCAAACAAUUCAAGGGUAUUGUUUUGGUUAUCAAAGAAAAUCGUAAGGGAAAC